AUGUCUGAGCUGGAGAAGGCCAUGAUCGCCAUCAUUGAUGCUUUCCACCAGUACUCAGGGAAGGAGGGAGACAAGCACAAGCUGAAGAAAUCAGAACUGAAGGAACUCAUUAACAAUGAGUUGACCCAUUUCCUUGGCGAGAUCAAAGACCAAGAGACUGUGGACAAAGUCAUGGAGGCGCUGGACAGCAAUGGGGACGUGGAGUGUGACUUCCAGGAGUUUGUAGCCUUCAUUGCGAUGGUCACCGCUGCUUGCCAUGAGUUCUUUGAGCAUGAGUGA